AUGACGUACGUCAUAACGACUCUUUGCGGCGAUACGUGUUAUUGUCCGGAAGUUGUCGUUGCCGUUCUUUUCUGGAUCGGUUAUUUCAAUUCCGCAUUGAAUCCUUUAAUAUACGCAUAUUUCAAUAGGGAUUUUAGAGAAGCUUUUAAAAAUACUCUGGAAUGCGUACUCCCGUGCCUGACUUGCUGGAAAACGGAAUCAUCCUCGCAUUACGUCUAG